GCCGUGACAAUAGCGCAAAAACGGAGAAUUCAUAAGCAUUCACCUGCCUACGGCGCCUCCUUUACCUUGACUUGUGUGUCACACUCGUUGGUGAAUCGCAGACAUGGCGGACGAGGAAGCCGGGAAGGAGGGCGAGAAGAAAAUCGUGCAUGUUUACCCACUGGUGAAGCACUCGGACAUGACCGAAGAGAUGAGAAUAGAGGCCAUUGAACUGUCCAUCACCGCCUGCGAGAAAUACUCAUCAAACUAUGAGCACGCUGCCAAAAUCAUCAAGGAAAACAUGGACAAGAAGUUCGGCAUCUAUUGGCAUGUGGUUGUGGGCGAGGGAUUUGGCUUUGAGGUAUCCUACGAAACGGAGAACAUUCUCUACCUGUUCUUUGCUGGCAACCUGGCCAUAGUGCUGUGGAAAUGCUCCUGAAUGCGGGUCAGCAAUCAAUCGAACGUAAACGUACCUAGAAACCGGAACAGAAACCAAAACCGAACCAAACAUAAAUUUAGCAUUAAUAUUAGUCAUACAUACAGAACACUUACCGUUAACGAAUGUUAUGAACUUUGAGCGUAUUAUCGUCGACGGAGAAAUGAAUUCCAUGGCAACGAUGUGACUUGUUGGGAAAAGAAUGGUUUUUAUUACAAAAUGUACCUAGACGCUAGCAUUUUGAAAACAAGCUUAUAAAAUUGUUUGUAUGCACUAAAACGAAAA